AUGCAUCGAGUGCUUAAUGUUGCUGAAAAGAAUGAUGCUGCUAAAUCAUUAGCUCGUCUUCUUUCAAAAAACGGGGCAUCUAUGCGUGAAGGCUUUUCAAGAUAUAAUAAAAUUUAUGAAUUUAACUAUCAACUUUUUAAUCAACCUGUUCAAAUGAUUUUUACAUCAGUUUCCGGUCAUAUUAUGAAUUGUGAUUUUACAGCAGCACAUAAUAGUUGGUAUGAAUCAGUGACGUAG